AUGUUCCCACACAGGUCAAAAGAAGACAAAGCCACUGUCUUCAGGGAGUUUCAGGUCCAGAGGGAGACAGGUCUCAGCUACCAACAGGUGCCCAUGUACCAGCUCCAGAAUGAGCCCACAGCAAAUGUGACAUCUCAGCCACAGUGGGUGAAGAAAGUGGCUUUUGUCUCCUCCAAGUCCCUGGGGACACCCAGCCAGGACCCCAACUAUGGGCAAAUUGCCUGUGCAACACCAGUGGACAGGCAGCAGCACACUCAAGACGUGGCGGCUGGUCGGACCAGGGGAGCUGCUGGGCAGGGUGUGGCCUCAGGGCUGGGCAGUGGAGGUGUAGCUGGCAGCAGUGGGCAGGAUACAGAGGGGGUCCCCAGCCGCCACCACACCCACCGCAAUUCAUUUAGUAGAAGGCACAGGAGUGGCUCCAGUAGAGCCUUGAGGUUGUGCUGGAGCCCUGAGGGCCGGAGAGCGGGAAAGAAGGGCAGUGCACAGUACACGCAGGACAUCACCAGGAGGGAGCAGUGGCUGCUUGUGGCGGGCUCAGAGAUAACGCAGCAAGGAGGCUGCAGCAGGCCCAGCUACAAGCACACUGUUCCCAUGAGGCACUGCAGCCCAGGAGCUGACGUGGAAUGGGCCCACAGUGGACUUUUAGACCCUGUACACCCUCACCACUCAGCACCUGGGCCUGGCACGGCAGACAGUACAACACCCACGGGAGUCAAGGGCAUGGGCGAGGCCAGACUAGGCGAGGCAGGAGGGGCAGAGAGAAUGAGAGUUUCAGGAGUGAGGUUGGGCACAGGCAGGGGAGAAGAGUAGUUGCCAGGUGGCGAGCCAUGGGCACUGGACUCCAGAGCCCGAGGCCACGGUGGGCCUCGUGGGCAGCGACGGAGCAGUGAUCGGUGCCUCUGUGCUUGCACUGGUGAUGAGGCCAAGUCUCCAGUAGGGGUGGAUGUUCCCGCCAGCUGCUGAAGGCCAGGACGCCAGGUCAGACAUGUUGGAGGGAUAUGACAUGGUCCGGUGUGACGGCGAGGACAGAAAGGUUGCCGUCCAGCCUUCCU